AUGCUGCUUGAGUUGGCGAGGACGGCGCCACAGAGCCGUUCCGAGCAUUUGAAGAAUCACCCAUUCUUCGGAGAGGUGGGAGAUCUGGAAGCCUUCAAGGCCAUCGCCGAGGCUGGGGUCCUCGAGCCAGGUACAGAUCGCUCGGGCCUCUCUCCGGUGCACACGAAGAUGCUCAUCGACCGCAGCGACGUCCGGGGCCGCACGCCGUUGAUGUUCGCAUCAGCUAUGGGGAAGCGAGACUUUGUCGACUACCUCUUACGCGAGUGGGAGGUGGACGUGCAUAGUGUGGACGAUGCACGAAAGAGUGCCCUCCACCAUGCAGUGAAGAGCUCGAAGGUAGAGAUCUUGCGCAUGCUACUGGAUGCCGGUGCCAUGGUCGAUGCACGUGACCACAACGGAUGCACAGCUUUGAUGCUUGCUGCCGGAGCUGGUGAUGCAGACGCUGUCCAGGCUCUCCUGGAAGAGAACGCUGACGCGAAUGCACGGGACCGCCUGGGGAACAGUGCGCUGUCCUAUGCGCAGGACUUCCAAGAGGUCAAGCACAAGCUCAUCCAGGCGAAUGCCAAAGACGACAAGGAGGAGGAGGAUGAGGACCCCGUGCUCAAAUGCCACUUGAAGCGAGUGAGGGCAGAGAAUCUGGUUGCAGGGCAUCUAGGAAAAGCAGCUUUGGUCGUGCUGAAUGACGGCCUUUCACAGGAGGAGCAACGCCGUGCUGGUGCACAUGUGCGCCUCAAGGAGGUCAUGGAAGAGAGCAUGCCGUCUCGAGACCUGGAGGCAGCGUUGGAGGAGGCAACGCAGGCACAGGUGAAAGAUGAGUCUCUGCUUUGCAUGGCAAGAUUGCGGCUGCAAGACCUGAAGGAGCGGGAUGCUGCAAGCGACCAGCUCAUGGCAGCUGCAUUCUUGGCCCGCCAGGGCUGCAGCGGCCCUGAAAACCUGCAAGCCUUGCAGGAGGCACUCGAGAAUUCCAAAGCAAAAGGCGUCGCAGAACAGGAGCUUCAAAACUGCGAGCAGGUCGUGGUCGAAGCUGAAGAGACACUGCGUCGCCAGGCCGAGGAAAAAGCGAGACUUGAGAAAGAGACUCAGCCACAAGAGGGAGAUGGGGUGCGUGAAGAGGCAGUCGAUUGGAUCUUUGGAGGUUUGCCAACCAUGUUUUCCUCCUGGGCGAACAGCAGACCAGAGACCGGUGGUGCCCGCCGCCGGGCAAGAUCGCCCCACGGGGCCAUCGGCGAGUAG